AUGCCAGCAGACUACAGGGGCAGAUGGAUACUGGAAAGCAGCGACAAAUUCGAAGACUAUUUAAAAGCGCUCAAUAUUGACUUUGCAACAAGAAAAAUUGCCAUUUCUCUUUCUCAAACCAAAGUUGUAAGUCAAGAAGGAAAUAAUUUUGAGAUCAAAACCCUGAGCCCCUUAAGAAAUUAUGAAAGGCCCUUUACAGUGGGAGUAGAGUUUGACGAGUACACCAAAGGACUAGACAACAAAACAGUCAAGAGUUUAGUGGUGUGGGAGGGAGAUAAGCUGGUUUGUACCCAAAAAGGAGAGAAGGAAAACCGAGGCUGGAAACACUGGAUAGAGGACAACAAACUUUACCUGGAGCUGACAUGUGAGGAUGUUGUCUGUAUCCAAGUAUUCAAAAGAAAAUAA